AUGCUCAUUUUGGGCCUCAGGAGCGGCUGUCACGGUGUCACUGAGCGCCGCUCCAGUGAAGCGGCAGCGCCGCGCAGGCCCGGGCAGCGGAGCGGCCGCGCUCGGCCCGACCGAGCGCCUUCCUCGCAGGCCCUGCCGGAGGCUCCCCCCACCCGGCCGUACCUCGGGGCUCAACUCCCGGCCUCCGUCACAGUCCCAGAGGAACACAAGGGCACAUUUGGGCACGGGAUCGAUGCCCCCGGGAAUUCGGGCCGAGCCGGGCUCCGCCGCCGCCCCCCGGCACCUCGGGCAGGCGGGCGCGGCCCCAGCGCGGCGCGGCUGCGGCGCAUGCGCGGGCCCGUCCCGCCCCGCGGCGGGCGGAGCGCUGAGGCGGCCGCGCUGGGGGCGCUCGGGGCCGCGGGUUCUGCUGUGGGCGUUCCGCAGCUCCUCCGGCUGUCCCGGCUCGGCACGCAGCUCGCCUGUGCUCCCCGGCACCCCUCAGCUCAAUCCCUCUGCCCUCAGAGGGCGUCCGCCCCUCAGAGCCGGCUGCCCGCACGGCGGGGGUGCGCUGAGGGCUGCGCCGCCGUGAUUGCUGCGAUGGGUGCGCUGGGCUCGUUUGUCCCCAUCCGCAGACUCAUAGGGAAGCGUUACUUAGACCUCUAG